AUGAACAUAUCUAUGGUCAUUACCGAUUCUGAUUUCCCAUGGUGCGCGAGUGCAUCUUGGCAUUCCGGAACCCUUCCCGACUUCAUUCGCUCGUUGGCCUGGUUUUCUGUUGCAGAUGAGUCAGAUCUGCGGCGAUGUCUGGAUUCGCUCUUGGCCGAGCAAGGGCGGUUAUGCCGCUCCGCCUCCGCCUCCACCUUGUUCUCGUCGCGUCUGGGCAAGCGUCUGCUCAUUCUCAAACGCCACAUUAUCGAGCUCAAGCGCGCUCCCAUCCAACCCGCCACCCCCACACACGACCAAGCCUUGGAUGCCGUCUCCGAGGCUUCGGAGACGCUGAGCUCGCCAUCGCCCCUGUCCGUGACUCAUCAUCAUUAUUCUCAUCAUCAUCAUCAUCAUCAGUUGGGCUCUUCGGCCGUCUUGCAUAAUCGCCUCAGCCGAAGAUCGGCGGAAACACCGGGCGAGGGCUUGGCACGUCUGGGGUCGCGCGCUGCUUUAAGCUUUGCCUUUGCGUUUUUGCGGCGCGCUUGGCGGUCGGGCGAGGACGCGGAUUUGUGCACGGAUCUCUUGCAGGACUCGCUGGAUGCAUUGCUGACGCUGCCUGAGGCCUCCAUGUUCGACCCGGCAGCCAUUUCCGAAGUGUGGUGGGAGGUGGUGGGGCGGACCACGCGAUUUUUGCGCUCCGUGGUUUUGGCCGAGAUCUCGUGCGAUCCGGCUCGACCCAUUCCCAGGGUGGACAAACACACCUCUUUGGCCUUGUUCCUCGAAUUUGCCGUUCAGAAAGGGACACUUCAUACGAUGUUGGACGUGGUGAUGCUGUUGAUCAAGAUCUGGCACAAAGACCGAUGUCGCACCGACAAUCGCUCUCUUUGUGGCGAAUCCAACGCACCUUUAGUUCCUUUUCUCAAGCGAUUCGCAGCCAUUCAAUCCCAUGGGGGUCCAAUCGAUGAAGAUGAAUGGGAUGAGUACGACAAUGUGAGUGCCACCAAGUGCUUCUUGAAGUACUUGGAUUACCCGGAUCAGGAGGACACCUGCAUUGAUUUGCGACAAGUGGCGGUGGUGAUCAUGUCGCAUUUAGAUCGCUUGGCCACGCCCCAUCAACCCAAAACCCAAACUAAUAGCUUCUACUCGGCCACCAAAGAUCUUCAGGAUAUUCGUUGGCUUGGGAAUGUGCCUUGGCAGCAAUCUGAGAAGAUCAAGCUCUUCAAUAAAUUGACCUUGCGGCAAUUGGUGGCUUGUCGAGACGGGCUCUGCGUUAUCACCGAGGAAAAACGCCUCUUUUUCGUCCCCUUUGAAAGUAGCGUAACGGAUCUGGUGGCGGUGGAACCCACCAAAACAUUCGAACUGAUCGCGAGUUCCGUGCGAGGUCAGCAUAUCUCGGCCGUUUCCAGCCAAGGCCCAAUCUAUCAAUGGGAAAUGACCAAGGGCCCCGUCAAAUUUGAGAACACCAUCAUCGUAGAAAAUGCCCAAGGAUUGUGUUUCAAGAAGAUAUCCCUGGCUCACGGUCACUGUAUCGGGCUCACGGAAGGUGGGGAUGUGUACACGUGGUGCAUCGAGACCAAGAUGGGCAUACUCUGUCGGAAUGCCGGCUCCGGGGAAGCCGCCACCACGCCCCUCAAGGUAUCCAUUCUCUCGGGAAGGCGGGUGGUGGACGUAGCCUGUGGUGGUACCAGGAACUUGUCAUCUUUCCCGGAACCCGGAGGCAACGCCUUCUAUAUCGCCUUGGACGAUCGAGGCUCGGUGUUCACUUGGGGCGACGGUGACUACGGAAAGAUGGGGCGAGGGGGAUCCGAGGGUUCCAAGAUCCCUCGACUCGUGGAUACCCUCCAAUCGGUGGGGAUAGAACGGGUCUACGCGGGUGAACAGUGCGGGAUGGCCAUAGCUCGCAAUGGUACCCUCUACGUUUGGGGCAAGGGCGAGAAGUUCCUCCUAGGAUUUGGUCUGGACGAGCAUGUCCGCCAUCCACAAAUGGUGACCGGGCUCCUUGGGAAGCGCGUGGUUCAAGUCUCGAUUGGAUCCACGCACACGUUGGCGAUCACGGAUCAGGGAGAGGUGUAUGGUUGGGGUACGAAUGACCAUGAUCAGUUGGGUCCUUCGCCUGAAAACAUCGUGAACCUCCCUGAAUUGGUGACCGCCUAUCCCGGGAAAGUGCCCAACAUCAUGUCCCACGCCAACCAGACCUUCAUUUGGAGCGCGGGUGCGGCCGUGAGCUUAGAAAAGCGCAUUCCAUUUGUGCUCGAGAUUAAUCUCGAGACCUUUCAAUUCAUCGACAAUCUUUUGGAUGAAGUGUGGGAAGGCUUGGAUGGUCGGAAAGAGCGUCCGCCUAAGCAAGAGCACGAGUGUAUUGCCGUGGCGUGCAUCAAUCUACUCAAACUGCAAUUGUAUGCCAUUCUAGUGCAUAAGAUCCGUGUGCCCUUCCUCAAACAAGGGUGUGCGUUAUUGAACUCGUUGAAGAGCAAAGUGGUUGAAUUGGCCAGUAACUCUGGCGUCCUUGAGACCAUACAACGGAGUGCUCAAGAGUGUCUUCAAAUCGGAUGGAGUGUUCUUAUUCCCACAGCGGAUGAAAGAGCUCGAGCUCUGUCCACGUUGUUGCCCAAUUCCUGUCCGGAUUCGUCCCUGGCCUUGAGCCGAGGUCGGAAGUUCAUGUCCGACCUUCUUGUGUCCAGUUUGAUGGCUGACGGAGGCUUGGAAUCGGCCAUUCAAGCCGCUAUCAAGAUCGAAGUGAGUGAUCUCGAAGAUUGCAUGGAAAAGGAGGCUGACUUGGAAGAUAAACCCAUCGACUCCAUGGAAGAUCUGAUGACCGAGCAGGCCCAAUUAGAAGCCGAGUCCAAGCGAGCACGCGAGGUCUCGUCCAAGAAGUCCACGGCCAUUCCCCUGCUCCAUUUGGUCAAGCAGCUACUGAAGAACAUCAGUACUCACACGACUUCCAAACUACAAGAAUUGAAUCAUGUGUCCAAUGAUUUAGAGGAGGGCGCCCAAAACAUGGUCCCCAAUCUGAAUCUGCUCUUGCGAUUUCAGCGACUUCUCUUCUUGCAACUGUUUCCACCCCAAAACCGAGAGGAUCCCGAUUAUCAAAGAGACGUUCCCGGAGCGUUAUCCCUGUUGAAGAAGUACAUCCAGAUGUUGACCCAUCACAUCAUGGACGUUUUACCUCUGGCCACGAUCAUUGCCUCGGACAACCCGCCGCAUUUCUAUCUCACCUCGACUCUGCUCAUGUCCGAGCCCGUGGGGCAACUCGUGCCCGAAUUCAUCCUCCAUUUGACGCUCUUGCACUUGGAGAGCCCCAAGCUCAUGGCUCAGAUCUACCUGACGCCACUCACGUGUUGGCUCCAGACUUUGGACGGGUUCAAUAAAGUGGCCCCCGGAUUAGAGCGCGAGGACAAGGACGAUUUGCUGUGGCCAAAUACUCAUAAAUUUGGCCAGAAUAGUGCAGUGCACGGGACGAAGAACGCCUCGGAAUCGGACAUUCUCAACAUCCGACGUGCGGAUUUGGAGAACCACAAUAAAGACGGAGGCUUGUGGACCGUGAUCAAAGGCAAAGUGUAUGACGUCCAGGAUUACCUGAGUCGGAACACGAUCAACGAAGAGCAACAACAACAGCCCGUGGCGGCGUUUGAAGAGUACUCACGAUCCUUGUCGUCCUCGCCCUCCUCGACUGAUCAUCUCCAAUCCUACUUUGUGGGCAAUUUUGUGGAGCCUCAGUUAGAGAGCACGUGCUCGUUUCUAGACGCGGCCAAUUAUUCUUCGCCCCUAAUGGACGCGGAGCGAAAUUUGGCCUUGUUUCUGGGUCUGGCCAAUCGCUCGCUCUACAUCAGUUCGUCCUUGAACGAGGAGGAAAUCUCGGCCCAGCGGUUCAUCAAGGCCAACUUUCUACGGGGAGGUCUUCAUACCCUGAUUUCCCGUGACCCGUUUGACGAGGACAAAGGCGAAAUCCCCAGUAUGAAUUGCUCUCAAAACCCCACGCCCAUCUCCACGCCCUCCGAUCCAAUCCCAAGUGACCAUAUUGAAGCCCACCAGCGUCCCACGGACACCGAGUCUGGCGGUAAAAUUCACGUGGAUGGGGACGUGCUCAUCACCCAAUUGUCAGAGGGACACACGAGCGAUCCGAUUCUGAAGACAUUUCUCCAAUUGACCGCUCGGUUGAGCCAGGAGCAACAUCUGGUGUUCCAUAUGAACUUCCCGCCUGAUCAUCCCGUGGAAGAAGCGGGUCGAAUCAUGCUGGCUGUACUCUUGAAAUACCAAGGGCUGGCUGAUUACGUAGCGCAGCUGGUGCUGUCCGAGAUCGAGAAUCCUUUGGGAUGUACCAUUCGACGCGCCCCAAAGGUUCUUCUGGAAUGCUUAAAGGCUGUCCACCAAGCCAAAUGGAAACUCAUCCGAAUGCGACAAGAGCAAGCCAAAUCAUACAAAGAGAUCUGUCUGAGCGUGGUCGAGAAAUGCCGAUUCCUUCUCACCAACAUCCGACCCUACCAUUUGAGCAAAGCGGGCUUGAGCAAAGUCAAUGUGCUCCGCCAGGAGCCCAACUUUAAGAAGAGCGUCAAACGAGUCAUGUUGAGGAAGAACGACUCUCAAUUCGCCGGCUUACUUCGACCCGAAGACUUACUGAACGUGUCGAUUCAAAGUCAGGACGCUGCCCUUGUUCUAGAAGGGACAGCAGCGGGCUCGAAGCCAGUUCCGGGUACAGUUCCACAAGAGCUGGAUUCACUGGCCACGCCCCAAGUCCAAUCCGUUGAGCCCGACGGCAAUGAGACGCCCAACCGUCCCGAUCAAAUCCACUCCAAUUCUCCACGCGGCGAUCCCGCUCAAUUGUGCGCUUCGACGAAUGACGGCGUGACCCAGGAACAAAUUGGAACGGUGUCCUCGUCUUCUUCGUCUUCGUCAUCGUCAUCGUCGUCCUCCGAUGAUGAAAAUGAUGAUGUUGCUGAAGAUCAAGAAGGCCACGAUGAAGAUGUGGAGGAAAUCGAAGAAGAGGUGGACGACGAGGCCAAAGACGAAGAUUCCAAAAGACAUGACUCUGAAGCAUCGAGAGACCCGGACUACAAAGCUCAGGAACCGAGACAAUCCGAAGGAGAAAGCUCGGCAGUGCCCAAAUGCCAGAAAACACCUCUGGUUACAGACAGCCUCUUGGACAUUGACAAUAUCCAGGAUGAUCAAAGUCAAUCUCCAAGCAGCCCCUCAUCAUCUUCCGAUGAGGGCAAUCAUGAUGAAAAUAAUGCGGAAGAAGACGAUGACGUUAGUGAAGGUGACGAUCAUCAAGACACGAUUCUAAAAGCCUCCCCGGAUCAUGGCCAACGCCGUGGAGUCCCCGAAUUCACCGUACCCGAAAUGCACAGUGCUGUCAUCUUAGAGGCCAAAGAGGCCCUCCAACUGAUCCAGGAGCUCGUCGACUUCAUUUUGGCCGAAAAUUCCGUAAGCAUUGGUGAUCUGAAAUCCGCCUUGAUUCAUCAGGUGGAACGAGCGCGACGUCGUUUGAGGGGCAUCAGAAACAUGAACGAUCUCUUGGGGCUAGCCUCGAACCUGGUACCCUCGGCCAAAUACUAUCUACUCAGCGGUUGGCAAGGCCUCGUCCAAUACAACGAGACGCCCAGGGAAACCAUGUCCCAAUGUUUGGAAGACAUCAAUUUGAUCCCGCCCUCCUUGAAGGCCGAAAUCUUGAUCGCCAAUGCUAGUGUGCUGGACUGGAGUGCGGUGUCUCUGGCCUUGUUGGUGCGCAAGGCCGAUAGUCAAGUACGCACCAAGGCUCCUAAAGUAGCGCGGAUGAAGGAGAGUCUCAAUCAUCGGGACCUCCAAUCCAGUCGAACGUUGCCUUAUGCUCGAUUUUUGCUCGGAUAUCUGGGCAUGAUCUCGGUCCACGUCAAUGGCAUGGAAAUGGGACGACUGUUCCAUGGCAAGACCCUGUCCUCGAUCCAAACCUUACUCAAGAUCAUUGGGCCCGAUAUCAUUCACUUUGGAAUGCACCCGAUGUUGGCUCGCAAUCCAAACACGCAAGGGAUCUAUGCCAUUUUUGAGGACAUGCUUCAUCGCUCUCACGGAGCGUCCCUUGGGCCUCUCUCUGGUGAGGAAUUGGCCAAGCUCAUGAAGAUUGGAACACGCGUCGUUCGAGGCGUCGAUUGGAAGUGGAGCCUCCAAGAUGGACCACCACCUUCUGAAGGCACCGUGAUUGGGGAACUGGGCGAGGAUGGCUGGAUUCGAGUCCAGUGGGACAACGGGUCCAGUAACUCCUAUCGAAUGGGAAAGGAGGGCAAGUAUGACCUAAAAUUGGCGGAUCCACCGUUCGCAAGCGAAAGUGAGUCAGACCCCGAGACCGAGGAGGAGGAUCCCAAUGACAUAUCAGUCGAAUUAAACCAACCCUCUAAGCUCUUGAAGACCAUCUGCACCAACCUCCUGAAAUUCUUCUCCAUCUCAUUCGGGAUCUUUGCAGAAGAAGUGCCCCAACACAUCACAUGGAACUUCUCCUCGUUCCUCCGCGAUAUCGUUGAGCGAGGUUGUCUAGGGGCCAGAGACUUCAAAGGUCGCAAUAACUUGCUCUAUCAAGACCAGUACGAAGAGUGGGCCUCUCUUGGGUUCAUCAAAGCUAUUGCUCACUCGAGUGGAAUUUGCCGCUUACUCUCGGCCAAACCUUGGAUCAACUUGCUCUUCACGAUCAUUGAGGCCAAGGAUCCCAAGAUCAUCUCCAACUUACCCACCCAAAUUUUAGCCUUGAGAUUGCUUCGACAAAUAUUGCCUCGGAGCGACCUUGACCAAGGCCAGAUCGCCCAGGUUCAAGAGCGGCUAUUCUUAUUAGUGGGUCAUUCUGCCCUUAUGUGUCGGGUGGAUGGCUCUCACUAUGGCGAUCAAGGCCUCCUGCAAAAGGUCAAGAAAGGCCGUGGCACCCGGGUGGCUCUCACAGCUUCUCACUCAAGCUCGAUCGUGGAGGAAUGUAUCCUGCUCCUCAGAACCCUUCACAACUUGAGUGAUUGGACCAACAAAAUCAACGAAUACGUGUGCUUGAAGCUCAGUCUGGUCAACGAGAUCGUGGCUGAAAUACCAAUUUUGCAGAUGCAACUGGACGAGAAAGAGGUGGAAAAUUUUACAAUCCAACAGUCGUCGAUCAUGGCCUCAUUGGCUUUGAUUGGCGGCUUCGACCACCGACCCCGAUUGGGUGGAAUGGUUAUCAAUGACUCGGGAGAGAAGGGUGUGGUAUGCAAAAUUAAUGUUCAUGGUAAACUGCUCGUUCAGAUUCUGAAUUCGAACGAGACGAAGAAGAUCCCCUUAGUGUCCCUUCACAACCACGUGGAGAGGCCGUUUCGGCUGGAUAAAUUCACCAGAAGCGAAGACGCCGUUCGCGUGGCCAUCUCUUUGUUUUCCCUCGUGGCACAAGAUUUCCGGAUUGACAAAGACAAAUGGCGGGUGUUGGCAGAUCACUCGGAUUCGAUUAACAUGGCCCUUCUCCGGCAACAACAGCAACGCCUCUCCGUCAUCAAAGCCGUGAAAGUGUUUUUCACCCAUCAGAACACCCUCCGACAAAUCCUGAAACAACCCGUGAUGGUGAGUUCCAGCUCCAUGGAAACGUUGGGCACCGAAGACCCCGAUCUGGAGUGCCUCUCCGGGAAACGAGAAAUCCUACUCAUUCAGAAAUUGUUGGCCAAGGCCACCCAUCCGUCGCCGCUGAAGGCGGUUUUCUCGGUAGAGGAACUUGAGUCAGCCGCAUUGGCCGUGUCCCAAUAUCUUUCGUCAGCUGCAGCGGCCAAAAAAGUAAACCUAGGCUCUCCUACCGAGAAUGUGGAAGGCACAUUGUUAGGUUCCAAGAACGAGUCCAGUCUCAUUGUCUUUAGUAAUGAAGGUAAUCACACCAAGCGAUCCAAUAGUGUGGGCUCCUCAGGGGGUGUGGCAGGGGUAAGGAGCCUAUCAAAACCGGGACUCAACACUGGACAACCUAUGCCAGGGCAAGCCGUCACAUCCAAGGACUUGAGACGAAGACCAAGACCUAAGACCAGCCCUCCUUCACCUCCACCUCCACCCACGGCCACCGUAAAGCAACUGGUUGAUAUGGGCUUCCCACGACACGUGGUUGAGCAUGCUGCCAAAGCGUUGGGGGGUAUUGGGAACUACACGCCCAGUCCCGAGAGCAUUGUCGGAUGGCUUCUGGAGCACCAAGAUGAAAUGGACCUUUCAGGGUCCAAACCCGUGUUUGCCUCGAACGCGAGUGACUCGAAUACUGAUGGUGGUGGGGCUUGCGCCGUUGGUUUUGACGACGAAUCGGAUGAUUCAGAUUCCUUCUCCGACUCCUUCGAGGAUAUUGAUGCUUCAGGGGGAAGUGAAGCACCCCUGAUUGGUGGGGCUUGUCUGCCGUCUCCCGAGCCGUUCAAGAAGCGGUCGGACUUCCAGAGCAAUGAUGAGUAUGCGAUGUACGUACGGAACCAUAUUCAAGUGGGGAUCAUGAUCAAGUGUUGCCGAACCUAUGAAGAUGUCCAUGAAGGCGACGUGGGCAAGGUGAUCAAAUUGGAUCGUGAUGAUUUGCACGACUUGAAUGUGCAAGUGGAUUGGCAAAUGAAAGGAGACACCUAUUGGGUUCGCUACAUUCAUGUGGAGUUCCUGUCUCUCCCAGCGGCUCACUUGGCAAAUGCGGCAGCCAAUUACACGACAGCCAUCAAAGUGGGGGAUCGAGUCCGAGUCAAGCCUUCAGUCACGACCCCCAAGUACAAAUGGGGCGCUGUUCAUCAUAAUUCUAUCGGCGUGGUCACCAGUCUCGUUCCUAAUGGGCGUGAUGUGACCGUAGAUUUCCCUCAACAAAGUAAUUGGGCUGGGUUGAUUGCAGAAAUGGAACUCGUUCCAACGUAUCAUCCAAAAGUGUUUUGCGACGGCUGCCAGAUGAACCCCAUCAUGGGUUCCCGAUUCAAGUGUAAAGUGUGCGAAGAUUUUGAUUUCUGCGAGAAGUGCUUCAACACCAAACGGCGACAUCGUCACGGUUUCAAUCGGAUCGCGGAGCCCAACGGAGCGGCCGUGUUUGCGGGUAGACCCGGUCGCAAUCGGAAACGCGAACCCAGUCCCCCUUUGCCCACGUCUGGUCUCAUCGAGGAAUGGUCGCAAUGUGUCAAGUCUAUGGGCGUGUCCUCGAAGGAAAGUUGGGCCUACAAGCUGACGGAUGGAACCUCUAGCUAUUGGCAAAGCUGUGGCACUCAGGGCAAGCAUUGGAUUCGUCUGGAAACCCAUUCCGACAUUCUUAUCCACCAUUUGCGGAUCCAAGUCGACCCCGCUGACUCGACCUACAUGCCCUCAAUCAUCCAGGUGAAUGGUGGCGAUAGUCUCACCAAUUUAAAGGAGCUGGCCACCGUGACUCUGACCUCGAAUGACAAUAUCGUGACCCUUCUCUCGGAUGUCAAAGAGUAUCACCGAUACAUCGAGAUUGCCAUUCGUCAAUGCCGUAAUGGCGGGAUCGACUGCAAGAUCCAUGGACUCCAAGUGGUGGGACGGCGACGAACCGAUGACGAUGACUAUACCAACACCAUGUCAUUCUUGGCCUCGGAUUCGGAGGAAUGUGACGACGGCUUGCUGGCCACCAAUCGUCCCCGAUCUCGUGCAGACGCCAAAAAGGAUGUCCAUGCCACCAAAGUCUUGGUCUGGGGUCUCAACGAUAAGGACCAAUUGGGCGGGUUGAAAGGUUCCAAGAUUAAGCUGCCGAUCCAAUCAGAGAUCUUGGGCAACUUGAAACCCAUUCACAUUGCCGGCGGUUCCAAGUCUUUGUUCGUGGUAACCCAAGAGGGCAAAGUCUAUGCUUGUGGUGAGGGUACUAAUGGCCGAUUGGGAUUGGGUCACAGCAACAAUGUGUCCUCGCCUCGACAAAUCUCGGCCUUGUCCCAAUAUGUGGUGAAGAAAGUUGCCGUCCACUCUGGUGGCAAACAUGCCAUGGUCCUGACUGUGGAUGGGCGGGUUUUCAGUUUUGGCGAGGGCGACGAUGGCAAGCUAGGCCAUUGUUCACGACUGUCCUGUGAGAAGCCCCGACUCAUCGAGGCGUUGAAGUCCAAACGUGUACGAGAUAUCGCUUGUGGUAGCUCUCAUAGCGCUGCUAUCACUUCUUCCGGAGAAUUAUACACAUGGGGCUGUGGUGAGUACGGUCGAUUGGGUCAUGGUGACAAUGUGACCCAAUUGAGGCCCAAACAAGUCAAGGCUCUGGCCUCGCAACGCGUGGUUCAAGUGGCCUGCGGGAGUCGGGAUGCCCAAACUCUAGCUCUCACCGAUGAAGGCAUGGUCUAUUCCUGGGGCGAUGGGGACUUUGGGAAAUUAGGUCGUGGAGGAAGUGAAGGCUGCAGUGUGCCACACAACGUGGAGAAGCUCAACGGAGUGGGUAUCGUUCAGAUCGAGUGUGGGGCGCAGUUCUCGUUGGCCUUGUCUCGAACCGGAUUGGUGUGGACUUGGGGCAAGGGCGAUUACUUCCGACUCGGUCACGGAGCGGAUCAGCACAUCCGUAAACCCAGUGUGGUAGAGUGUCUCCGAGGUCGUAAGAUCAUCCAUGUGGCCGUUGGAGCGCUUCAUUGUUUGGCCGUGACCGACACAGGCCAGGUGUAUGCGUGGGGCGACAACGAUCACGGGCAGCAAGGUAAUUCGACCACGGCCGUGAAUCGGAAACCCGCUUUGGUCCACGGCUUGGAAGGGGUCCGUAUCUCGCGAGUGGCUUGUGGAUCAUCGCACUCCGUGGCUUGGACCACGGCCGAGACCACGUCGACCAAUUGUCACGAACCGGUCCUCUUUUCCGCCUCUUCGGAUUCGUUGGGAGCGGGCUUUGUCACAGGAAAUUUGGGCAACACCAGUAACAACGGAGAUCCCAUCAAUGGAUCGGUCAACCCCGACGGGAACGCCAUUGUCUCCGGACUCGCCGACCCACAACAACUGAGUGACGGAGCAUUACCCAAAGUGAAGGCCGCACGACCCAGUUUGUCCCGAAUGAUCCUGUCCCUGGAGUCCAAUACGGCCAAACAGCAAGCCCUGCAACACAUCUUGAACGGGUUGCAAAUUCUCUGUGCACGGGAAUCCGUCGUGGCGGCCUUAGCUCCUCACGGAGGCAACCCCAAAAGUGUUCGAUGUGAGCCCAGUGAUCUGGACGUCAAGGUCCACUCGUCGUCGGACGAAUCCCACGAAGACGGCACUCAAACCUUGAAGGACUCACACGGAGGGGUGGUGCCUUUGGCCUCGCCCGAGACUCCCUCUGAAGCGAAUCUCUCCCAAGGGGGUCUGAUUGGACCGUCCUCGGGUGGAGGUGAGGCUCCGGCUUGCCCUCAAGAUCUUAGUCCCAGUCAGAUGAUGAUGAGUAGCUCGGAGAGCAGUCACGAACUGGAGAGUCCGGACUCUAUUGAAGAGAUGGGAGGAUCCACGCGGACACUGGACGAACGUGAAUUUCCAUCCCGACGUCAAGCCUUUGAUGUGGCCUUGUCGACCAACAAAGGCACUUGCAGUCUUCCCCAUGGCAUGAGCUCCUCAGCUGUCUUAAGUGGAGGGGCCAUUCCGAAAUAUUCCACCAAGAAUUCAACCACGCCCAUCGUGGCCUCGCCUCCCAAAGAUAAAAGUGAGGCCAACAUCGUGCCCUCCGGUGCCUCCGGGCAUUUGGACGAAUUCGCCCGACUUCUCAUCCAAGAUGAUGCCCGGCUUUUGGUCGACCUCCUCAAAUUAGCCGUCACUGGUCGUUGUAGCGAGAAAUCCAAAGAGUCCUUGUCCCACGUGUUGUCAUCGAUCGGCAUGGCGAAUUCCGCCACUCGAGACAUGCUCCUCGAACUGUGUGUGACCGAAUUGGAAGAUUGUGCCACGGACACGGAAAGAAUCAACCGUCACCCGCAGCCCGUCACUCAAGAAAGCGUUCACCCUUAUACAGAUGACUCCAUGACCACGGGACACGUUCGAAUCCCGGGAGCGGAUUCGCUUCGCAUCGAAUUCGAUCGGCAAUGUUCCACUGAGCGACGACAUGAUCCUUUGACCCUGAUGGAUGGAUCCGGGCGAAUCAUCAGCAUUCGAUCCGGUCGCGAAUGGAUCGAUUGGUCCCAAGAGCUCCGGGUCAUGGGAGAUGAGGUCAAGUGGAAGUUCAACUCGGAUGGCACCGUCAAUGGGUGGGGCUGGCGAUUUGUCGUGUAUCCCGUCAUGCCCGCCUCCGGGCCUCAAAACAUGCAAUCCGAUCGAUCUGUACUCUCUCGACCCUCCAUGGACUUGGUCAUGUGGCUGCUGGACUACAGUCUCACUCUGCUCCUAAAACCCGAAUUGCAUCGAGAUCAACAUCGGCAGAUCGGAUCGCGUCUGGCGGCAGCUUUGGCUGCUUGUGCCCAAUUGAGCACCCUUCCUGCCGAGCAACGGAUGUGGAGCCUCCAAUCCUUGCGGAAGCUCGUGAGCCCGACUAACAACUUUGGGUUCUCAUUGAACAUCUCGCAAAUGGUUCUGGGCUCGGUGAGCGAUGGAGCCACGUCCUCGUCUAGCCUCUCUGAGGUUCUUUCGCCCUCGCCCCGACCCUAUUCCGAUACGGCUUUGUCCGUGUUGGUGAAAGGUCUUCCGGAAAUGCUGCUCAGACAAUAUGAAUACGAGUAUCCGAUUGUGAUGAACGGGAAGCACUUGCUCCAUUCGGCCUUCUUCAAGGAACUCGUGGCAUUGGCGUGUGAGGUGGGUUUAGAUGCCUUGCCGUGCUGUGCCGAAACCUACAAAUGGUCUUGGUUCCGACGAUAUUGCAUGGCUGCCCGUGUGGCCACGUCGCUCAUCAACCGGUUGGAAUUGCCGCAGCAAUUCGCGUCUGAUGUCCGGAAGAAGAUCGUCGAAAUGUCUUCAGAAGACGAAGAGCUCCUUCUGGAUCACGAGAACCAUCAGAUCUUCGCUCCAGGACACGACAAGCAGCUUCUGUUGUGGCUUCAUCGCAAACCCGAGGAUUGGACCCUGUCAUGGGGUGGAGCCGGGACCAUUUAUGGCUGGGGUCACAAUCAUCGGGGCCAAUUGGGCGGAGUGGAAGGAGCCAAAGUGAAGAUCCCAUCUCCGUGUGACACACUCUCGGCUCUGAGACCGAUUCAAUUGGUGGGAGGAGAGCAGACCUUGUUCGCAAUAACUGCCGAGGGAAAAGUUUAUGCCACAGGUUAUGGAGCCGGGGGCCGAUUAGGGAUCGGUGGAACGGAUUCGGUUUGUCAGCCGACUCUUUUGGAAUCCAUACAGCACGUUUGUAUUAAGCAGAUCUCGGUGAACUCGGGGGGCAAACAUUGUUUGGCUCUCUCCGGGGACGGCGAAGUUUACAGUUGGGGUGAAGGUGACGAUGGCAAACUCGGUCACGGCAACAAGAACUCGUGUGACCGACCACGUGUCAUCGAAGCGCUGCGAGGACGAGACAUUGUCAGUAUCAGUUGCGGCGGAGCACAUUCCGCAGCCGUCACGAGCACGGGUGAGCUCUAUACAUGGGGCAAGGGUCGUUAUGGAAGACUGGGUCACGGUGAUGUGGAAGACCAAUUCAAGCCCAAAUUGCUCGAAUAUCUCAAAGGUUACCGCGUGAUCGAUGUGGCGUGUGGUUCCGGGGACGCGCAAACUUUGUGUAUCACAGAUGAUGAUAACGUGUGGGCGUGGGGCGACGGGGACUAUGGGAAAUUAGGUCGAGGUGGCUCCGACGGCUGCAAGAUCCCCAUGAAGAUCGAGUCUCUAGCUGGACUAGGCGCCCUCAAAGUGGAGUGUGGUUCCCAGUUCUCGGUAGCCUUAACCCGAUCAGGCUCCGUGUUCACUUGGGGAAAAGGCGACUAUCAUCGUUUGGGCCACGGCAACGAUGAGCACGUGCGACGUCCGAAGAAGGUAGUGGUUUUGCAAUCGAAGCGGGUGAUUUCCAUCGCCACGGGCUCGUUGCAUUGUGUGGCUUGUACGGAUCAAGGCGAGGUGUAUACUUGGGGUGACAAUGACGAAGGCCAAUUGGGAGACGGGAGCACCAAUGCCAUUCAAAGGCCGCGAUUGGUGGCCGCUCUCCAGGGGAAGAAGAUCAACCGAGUGGCUUGCGGGUCAGCUCAUACCCUGGCUUGGUCCACGAACAAACCCGUGGCCACGAGCAAGCUACCCAUGAAGGUUCCACUUGAAUAUGAUCUCCUGAAAGAGAUGUUACCCAGUGUGCUCAGGAACCGACUCGUGUUGCUGCAUCAUUUCUCAGACACCAUCUGUCCUGGGAUUACGAUGUUCUCGUUGGGAUUCCAGGGCGUGACUGACCUGGAUUCCACGUUGUGCGAUCGUGUGGGUAUCGACAAUCUUCGGACACUCCUCGUGUCCUCGGCCAAAGAGAGCUCGUUCCGCAAAGUGGUCCAAGCCACAAUGGUCCGUGAACAAGAAAACGGGCCUGUGAUCGAACUCAAUCGGAUCACUCUCCGGAAGUUGAAAUCCCGUGGGAGUCACGUCGAGUUUGGUCGCACGGUCUUUGGUCAAAUGGUGGCCAAGAUGCAUCUCCUCACCUCCAAUGCUCUAUUAUUGCCUCAUCGACAUUGGAAGGUCAAAUUUGUAGGCGAGAGUGUGGAUGAUUGUGGCGGAGGAUAUAGCGAAAGCAUCGCCGAGAUGUGCGAUGAGCUCCAAAAUGGGAGUCUGCCACUCCUGAUUGGCACGCCCAAUGGUCGCGAAGAAGCGGGUACGAGUCGCGAUUGCUUCGUAUUCAAUCCAACGGCGAUGAAUGGGAGUCUGGAUCAGGGCGGGACCGUCAAAAGCGCCAUUGGAGGAGGAAGUAGUGGAGGGAGUGGAGUGGUGGUGGCCGCAUCCAAUAACUUGCAUACCAACGCCUUCCGAUUUUUGGGAAUCCUCAUGGGAAUCGCCAUUCGAAGUGGAUCGCCUCUCAGUCUCAAUUUGGCUGAGCCUAUGUGGAAAUUGUUAGCUGGAUCCAAACUCACGCCCAAUGACAUCACGGAGAUCGACAAAGACUACGUACCAGGCUUGUACUGCAUUCGCGAUAUGGAUUCCGACAGCAAGGCCUUUGGAGCCAUGGACAUGCCCUUUUCCACGCCCAGUGUGGACGGACACGAAGUCACCUUAUCUGCCAGAUAUCACAAGGUCACGGCCGAGAAUCGAACUGAGUUCGUCAAGUUAGCUUUGCAAUAUCGUUUGCACGAAUUCGACGAGGUGGUCGGUCUCGUGCGAGAAGGCAUGUCCCGGGUUAUUCCUGUACCACUGUUGUCACUCUUCACGGGAUUCGAACUGGAAACCAUGGUGUGUGGCAGUCCGGAUAUCCCGCUUCACCUGCUCAAAUCAGUGGCCACUUACAAAGGUGUGGAAUUGGGAGCCAAUUUAGUAGAUUGGUUCUGGGAGGUCAUGGAAGAAUUCAGUAACACGGAACGAUCCCUAUUCCUGCGGUUCGUGUGGGGUCGAACCCGAUUGCCACGAACCAUUGCUGACUUCCGGGGACGCGACUUUGUCCUACAGAUCAUGGACAAGUAUCAUCCACCAGAUACGUUUCUACCCGAGAGCUACACGUGUUUCUUCUUGUUGAAGAUGCCCCGAUACACGUGCAAAGAAGUGCUUCGGGAGAAACUGAAGUAUGCUAUCCACUUCUGCAAAUCAAUCGAUACGGAUGACUAUGCUCGGGUUUCCAUGCCCGCGGGUGACCCAUCCCUAGAUGGACCGGGUCCAAGCGGAUCCCGAAUGAUUACAGACGAUGAGGACGACGAUGAUGAUGAAGACUCUUCGGACAUGGAAAGUGUGGGGGAGAGUGAAGACCCGCCCGGGGAUUGCUUCUCCAUCGUGUCAGCCGAUCUACUCUAAUUAAACCUUUUAUUUGUCAGAAUCGAUGUUAGCUCAUAUCUAUUAUGCUUUUUUUCUCUCGAGUGGAAUACAGACUAGAGUUGUCACUUUGA